AAGGUAGCCGAACACGAAACCAAUUUCGUGCUGAACCGUAACUCGGAGGGGUUUAAAAGAUGGUGGACUAAUCAUUUGCAAAUCACUCGUUGUCGACGCUAAAGUCUCCACAGUUCCCUUCAGAAUGCGUGCCACUUUUCUAACUCUUGGGCUAUUUUGCCUGCUUGGUUUUGCUUAUUCCAAUGCACUUCCUACUUUCGACAGUACAGGCAAUACCGAGCUUGACGUGCAAAGCUUGAGGGCCGACGACGAUGACAUGGACCAAAUUGUUGGUGGUACUGCAGCUGCUGCAGGAGAAUUCCCCUUCCAGGCUGCUUUGAUCCUUGGUGGUAGUCUGUGCGGUGGUACCUUGAUUUCCCCCUCUAUCAUCUUGACGGCAGCCCAUUGUUUAGCCGGCAAGACUCAAACUUCGGUGUCUACAUUCACCGUGAGGGUUAAUACCUUGGCACUAAGCGGUUCAACAGUCGGUGCCGUUAGCCGUGGAGUCACAAAAUUUAUCGUCCAUCCUAGUUAUGUUCCGAGCACCAACGACAACGAUAUCGCUUUGCUGAAACUAUCAUCAUCGAUCACAAAUGUCAAGCUGGCCACUCUUCCAACAGUUUCAACUUGCGCUCCGGCCAGCACGUAUGCCAACCAAGCCGCUGUUAUUGCCGGUUGGGGAACCACUUCAUCAGGAGGAAGCAUCUCGCAGACGUUGCUUAAGGCUACCGUUAAUAUCUUGGAAAAUUCCGCCUGCAAGCUGCAAUACAGCACUCUUACAGACAACAUGAUCUGCGCUGCCGCUCCAGGCAAAGACACCUGCCAGGGUGACAGUGGUGGCCCAAUGAUGGUCGGAGGCGUUCAAGUUGGUAUCACUUCCUUUGGCAUAGGUUGCGCCAAUCCUAAUUAUGCUGGUGUCUACACCCGAGUUACCAAAUACCUUAGCUGGAUUUCUACCACUUCUGCAUCGAUGUAAAAGUUUCCAAGAGGCCGUCAAAUGAAAUUGCAGCGAAGCUGAUUCCAUCUAAUACCCAUCUUAAUCCAAUAAUAUUGAGUAGUCCUGUUUAGAGUAGAAUUUGACAUGAAUAUUGGCAUUGGGGGUACAAGGUAUAAUAAACAUUUUUAUUGAGCAAA